AUGAGAGUGUACAAAUUCUUUGGAGUUGGUUUCUUUUUAGUUUUUUCUUUUGUAGUUUUAUUAUUAUUGUUAUUUAGUGGUAAAAGUUUUAUUUUUGAUAGUUUAUUGCUUAUAGGAAGUGAGGUGUUUGUUUUCGAUUCUAUUUCAUUUUAUUUAUUAUUGCUUGUUUUAUUAUUGGGGUUGUGUUCUCAAUUUUCAUUUGUAUACUAUUUAUCUAAAAGUGUUCGUUUUUGGUUGUUUAUUAGUUUGAUUUUUAGUUGUUUGUGUUUUUGUAUCAAUCAUUCUGAGUCUCCUUAUUCUGAGCGUUUUUUAGCGGGGUAUAAUGUUAUCAUUUAUGUUAUUUUGUGUUUUGUGUUUUUUACAAAGGUUCCUUUAGUUCCAUUUCAUACUUGGUUGCCUAUUGUUCAUGCUGAAGCAACUAGAAUUGUUUCUAUUUUUUUGAGAGGGUAUAUCAUGAAGUUAGGGUUGUUAGGUGUUUAUCGUUGUUGUUUCUUUUUAUUUGAUUGUGGAUUUUUGUUUUAUUUAUUUUUGUGUGUACUGUUUUGUUUAGGUUUUUUUUGUUGUUCCUCUACAGAGUUGGAUGGUAAGCUUCCGUUUGUAGGAUUUUAUUUAAUUGGUUGGGAUAAAAUUUCUAUAGUGUUUUUAUACUGUUUAGGUCACGGGUUGAGUGCUGGUUUAGUAUUUGGUUUGUUGUGGUGUUUUUAUGAUAUUUCAAAAACACGUAAUUGGGUAUUGUUAAAGUCUAGGAUUAGUGGUAAGUGUUUAUUAUAUAUCGUCUGUUUUAGUUUAUUAUCUUUAUGUUCUUUUCCAACUACUAUACAGUUUUUUUGUGAAGUAUCAUUAGUUAUGUUUUCGCUAAGUAAAAUUAUUUAUAUGUUGUUUUGGUUAUUUUAUUUGUUUUUUAGUGGGUUAAUACCUUUAGUAAUGUGUGGAUUUUUAUUGAUUCGUAAAGAACAGGUAGAAACAUGUGGUUAUAGAUUUUAUGGGUUUUUAAAUUUUUUGUUUUACAUGUUGGUUUGGUGUUAUUUUGGUGUAUUUUUUAUGUAA